UAUGCGACAAAAGCGCGUAUUUUCUAAACCAUGGACCUUCCUAUUAGACUUUUAGUUCCUCUUCGAAAAGUCUUCUAAAUAUUUCUAGAACCUCUUAGUACUUGUAUUAAAUUAUCUAUUCCCAUUCGUUUUUCUCUUCCAUUACCUACUACUAUUUCUUUCUAUCCAUCAAUUUUUAUACUCAAAUCUUCAAGAAGAGAGAGAGAGAGAGAGAGAAAAGGCAGAAAUUUCUGAGCUUUUUAUUAGAGAACAUAUAGAUAGUUAUGGUCGUGUUGUUCCUGGUGAAGUUUGGCAAAGUUGUAGCCAAUGGAAGAUUCUAAGAUCAUCAUCAGUCGUCACAAAAACAAUCUCGUUCAUUCUAUUGUCUUUCUUUUCGGUUUUUAUUGUUGGGAUUGGGAAUUCCUCACUGCUCUUUUGCUUUUCAGUUACUGCUCCUUCUAAUUUAAUUUCCUCCUUAGGAUCUUGUCAAUUAAAAUUACAGCUAACUCGUAAUAAGCCCAAAAAUCUCCAAAGGGGAUUUUUUUUUUCCCAAAAUUUCCACAAGUUCGAUAGAUUUAGUAUAGCAAGGGAUGUCGCAAAGGACAGCGCCGGCGCCUUUUCUGUUGAAGACGUAUCAGUUGGUGGAUGAUGUGUCCACUGACGAUGUAAUAUCUUGGAAUGAAAAUGGCACAACGUUUGUGGUUUGGAAAACUGCUGAAUUUGCAAAGGAUUUGCUGCCAAAGUACUUCAAGCACAAUAAUUUCUCCAGCUUUGUUCGUCAGCUUAACACCUAUGGAUUUCGCAAGAUUGUGCCUGACAAGUGGGAAUUCGCCAACGAGAACUUCAAAAGAGGACAGAAGGAGCUCCUCACAGCAAUACGCCGUCGGAAGACCGUGACAUCAGCCCCAGCCAUUGGAAAGUCUGUGGCAGCUGGGACUUCAGCAUCUCCGGACAAUUCUGGGGAUGAGAUAGGUUCAAGUUCAACCUCGUCCCCUGACUCCAAGAACCCUGGGUCCGUUGAAACCCCUGGAAAGUUGUCGGCACAAUUCACAGACUUGUCGGACGAGAACGAGAAGCUAAAGAAAGACAACCAGAUGCUGAGCUCAGAGCUGAUGCAGGCGAAGAAACAAUGUGAUGAGUUGGUUGCUUUCUUGAGCCAGUACGUGAAGGUUGCACCCGAUAUGAUCAAUCGAAUCAUGAGCCAAGGAACCCCAUCGGGGACAAGCCUUGAAGAGUUGGUCAAGGAGGUUGGUGGUGUUAAAGACUUAGAAGAACAAGGUAGUUACAAUGACGAUGAUGAUGAAGAAGCUGAUGAUGAUGACGAAAAGGGUGAUACUCUGAAACUAUUUGGCGUGUUAUUGAAAGAAAAGAAGAAGAAAAGGGGUCUGGAUGACAAUAAUGAUUUUUGCGGGGUACGUGGGAAAAUGAUGAAAACUGUGGACUAUAAUGCUCCUUGGAUGAAAAUGUCAUCGGCAGCUGGAGAGAGCAGCAAGGUUUGUAACUGAGGUGAACUUGAUGUGUUAAGGUGGAGCAGUGCAGAGCAGAGUAUUUAGCUUCUCCCUUUUGAUUUAGUAAUUUCAUUUGGAUUUCAAAAGUUUGUUAUUAUGAAUAAUUAGAGAAUCUCAUUAGUACGAGUAGCAUUGGGGUAAGAUUACUGCUAAGAGUAGUAAUCUCAACCCCCAAGUAGAACUAUAUACAUAUCAAUUAUCAGGACAGAUGCUGCAGCCCGAAAGUUUGGUUUGCAUCGUCGAAACUCAUAAUGAUAAUAAUAAUGGUUUCUGAUUUA